AUGCUCGUACACGGUGCAGGAGAGUUGUCAGCGCCGGCGCACCUGAACUUUGGGAAGUACGUGUUGGAUAGGCUGCGGAAAGCAAACCCUUAUCGCUUAUGUUUCCGCAACUGUACGAGGGACGACCAGCUGACGUACGCACAGUUCACGCAGCAUGCGGUUAGAGUGGCGACUGCGUUGGCGCAGCGGGUGGUGCGCGGGGACACGGUGGCGGUUAUGGGCGAGCCGAGGGCCACGCUGCUACCUACCGGCCUUGGGAUAAUCCUGGCGGGCGCUUCAUGCACGCCGAUCCCGCUUGACUGCGGAACAGCUAUCUUGACUCACAAGUUAACACUAACGAAGCCAAAAUAUGCUUUCUGCACCCGUUUAUUCUGGGAAACGCACAGCGACGUACUGAAGAAAUUAGAUUUCAUUAAGUCCUUCAUAUGUUUCGAUGGCGUCAUCGCAGAAAUCGAGUCAUUGGACACUUUUACGUCAAAUGGUGACGUGGACAUAGAGACGUACGACCCUGUUAGCGUGAACGGUGCGACUGAUGUGGCCUUGAUUUUGUAUUCUUCUGGGACAACGGGUCUUUGCAAGGGAGUGCUGCAUACUCACCUGAACUGUAUUGCGCAGUGUGAGCCACAAUGGUGGUACGACUUUGAAUCUUUGGAAACCGUCUACUUCGCGGGUUCCCAUCUGUGUGGAGCCUACGGCAUUUUCCGGGCUUAUCCGUUCUUGUGCGCCGGAAAAACAAUUGUUAACACAGAGGAUAUCCAUGUAGACUUGAAAGUUAUACAGGACUAUAAGGCGAACACGAUACCGACCAUUCCCGCCUUAGUUGAAGAGCUGACUAACGCUGACACGGACGAGUACGAUCUCAGCUCUCUGAAGGUGAUCAUGACCGCUACUGCACCUCUCCUGCCUUCACUGUUGGAGGCAUUCUCCAAGAAAUUUCCUAAUGUGACGUUGCAAAACUUGUAUGGCGCGACCGAAGUGAGUCCGAUAACCGCGCAAGAUGCUACUUCAGUGGGAUCCACCAAUCUGGGCGUUGCGCCUGGUGGCAACACUUUGAAGGUGGUGGACGUAGAAACUCGAGCAAUACUUGGACCUAAUCAGCGCGGGGAGAUCUGCGUGCGAAGCCCACGUGUCAUGAAGGGAUACCUAGGUGUGACUUCGCCUAUAGACGACGAAGGCUUCUAUUUGACGGGAGACCUAGGAUACUACGAUGACCAGAGACACUUCUAUCAUUUGGACAGGCUGAAGGACAUCAUUCUUUCUACUGGAUACACGGUGUCCCCAGGCGAGGUGGAGGUAGUUCUGCUGGGUCAUCCCGCGGUAAAGGAGGCGGCUGUAGUGGGCAAGCCGGCAGAGAAGGUCACCGAGAGGCCCACGGCCUUCGUGGUGCUGCGCCCUGGGGCCUCCGCCACUGAGGCCGAGCUCGUUAAUUUCGUGGACCCUCAGGUCCCCUGGUACAUGCGACUGACUGGCGGCGUGAGGUUCAUCUCUGAGCUACCCAGGAACGACCAGCAGAAAAUCCUGCGUCGACAACUGAGAGAGAUACUGGUCGAAGAGGCUAAGGCGGAAGGACAAUAG